UUUUUUAAACUAAGAUUUCUUUAGAUUUUGUUAAAAUCACACUUUCUGUUGAUAGGAGUUCAUGUGCUUGGACUGACUGUUUCUUUUGAUAAAGACACUGCUUCUGUCAUGGCUUCUUCUACACAAUUUUUUUCCAUGUGCUUCUCAUGACUUCACUCUCCAUUGGCCCCUUUAUAGUUAAGGGUGGUCAUAACUCUGCUGCUAUGAGUUACAGCUUCUAGUGCUACCCUUUGUGGCUCCACAUUGUUUUAAACAAUCCUUUGAUUGUAAAACCCUCCUCCUCCUACCUAAUUUUGAUGAAUGUUUUGUACUCAUCUUUCUCACAUCUCAAAGAGGUCAAACCACCAGCUAGAGUUGCCAUAGCCAGAAAUGGCUGAGUCUCUUCUUCCUCCCAGAAAACAUGGUUUGUCUUACAGUUUCUGGAGCAAACCCUGGACUCCCCUGUGGGGCAGCCUGCUUUUUACAGAGACUGAAAGGUGAAAGUGGUCAGAUGGCCACAUGUUGAAGGAUAGCCUGGGCCUGAACAGAAAGUAUACUCAAAGGGAAGUUACGGUAACUUUACCAACUCUGUGGUCAGGAGGGAGGUGUUCUUCUGUGUCAGGGAAACCAGUGUCACCUUCACAAAAUGUUCACAAACAUCAUAGGGCAAGAUGGUUGAAAAUAGAAAGCUUUCAUUUUCUUCAGUUCCUGCAUAACAUGUUAAAUUCUGUUCACUCAGGACUUAAAAAAGGAAAUGUGAUUAGGAUUUUCCAACCUGAUUUUUAAACUGCAAAAAAACCUCUGAUGGGAAUGUGCACAGAUGGAACCCAAUAAAGUUCUUAAGAGGUUCUGAAGGGAAGUCACUUUGUUAACCAAAUAUCUAUUGUACCUUUUCCACUGCUUCCUUAACUACACAAUGCAGAUUUCUGUUUUGAGUGCUGCCUGCUCUGCUCUUUGGUUCACUAGUCUCUAUGUGGCAUUUUAUUUAUUUAUGGUGCUAUGAUAAAGAAAAAGAAACACAAAAUAUGUUAAAUUAAACAUGACAGAUGAAUGCAAUUCACAAAGACCGUGAAGUUAAGGAUUUCGCCAAAUGAGGUUUAGACUUACAAAUGACUUUAUGUAUUAACUAAUGUUUAUGUGCAAACCCUUUUGUAUACUUAGGCAAACUGAAAUGAAAGAGGUAUACCAUAGUAUAAUUAUUGCUUAUGGAACCAAAAUAAUUUAUAAGAGGCAUUUCAUGGGAACAUAUUAUCUGUAGGCCUUAUCUGGGAUCCAUCUAUGACCUUCAGGAAGUCUUUGAAAUGAAAACAAGAUUUUGGUGAAGCAGUCGCCCAUGCUUGUGGUGAACAACAACGCCGUCAACCUCAGCUGCAAAUACACCUACAACCUCUUUUCGAAGGAGUUCCGGGCAUCCCUUUAUAAGGGAGCCGAUAGUGCUGUGGAAGUUUGUGUUGUGAGUGGAAAUUACUCCCAUCAGCUGCAGUUUCAGUUUCAGUCAAAAACAGGAUUCAACUGCGAUGGGAAAUUGGGCAAUGAAACAGUGACAUUCUACCUCUGGAAUUUGUUUGUUAACCAAACAGAUAUUUACUUCUGCAAAAUAGAAGUCAUGUAUCCGCCUCCUUACAUAGACAAUGAGAAGAGCAACGGGACCAUUAUCCAUGUGAAAGACAAUCGGCUUUGUCCAGCUCACCAAACUCCUGAGUCUUCUAAGCCAUUUUGGGCACUGGUGGUGGUUGAUGGAAUCUUGGCUUUGUAUAGCUUGCUAGUAACAGUGGCUCUUUUUACUUGCUGGAUGAAGAAUAAGAGGAACAGGAUCCUUCAGAGUGACUACAUGAACAUGACCCCACGGAGGCCGGGGCCCACCCGCAGACACUACCACCCCUAUGCCCCAGCACGAGACUUUGCAGCCUACCGCUCCUGACACGGACGCCUAUCCAGAUGCCAGCCGGCUGACACCUCUUCACCUGCUCAACACCACUGCUCUGGAUAGGAAAGGACUGCCUCGUCUUCAGCCGGCCAUCUCAGGCCCCUGUUAGGCCACUAACAACAAUUUUUCUUGACCAGCUAGACCAAAGAACAUUAUUUUGAGACUCUGAAAUGAAGUUAAAGAAUAUUACUAUGGCAGCCUAAAUCUUGUAGUGUCAUGACCACAAUUCAAACUUACUGUGUAUUUAUUGACUUGACUGAGAGAUUAGAGUAGAAAAUAAAAAGUGAGUGAUUUCUGUUAGCCUUAAAAUCUGCUUACAAUUUUACUCCUUUCUGAGCCCCUGCACAUGGCCGUCAAGUGAAAUGUGAUAAUGAAGGACUUUUUAGAUGGAGAGGAAAGGUUAGAAAAUCAUUUCCUGUGGUUAAGUAGGGAUUGAGGGGGGUCAUUUAGAGUGGGGGCUGAAAGGUAGAGAGAAUUAAACAUUUUUAAAGUCAUGAAAACACUGUUUCUCAAUUAUGAAAUGAGCCACUGAGUUCCUAUUUAAUAUUUUCCUUUUAGUUUAGAAAGAUAUAGAUAUUAUCUUUGAUGAAUUCUGGUCAUAUUUAGUCAUUUUGACCAAUGGAAUACCUUCAAAGCAAUGUAAAAGCAAACGGACUUGCCUUCCUUACUCCCUGUGAUGGAAAUUCAAUGUAGUCUUCACAGUAUGAUUAAAAAAAUAAAGUAGUCUUUCCACACCGAGGAAGAAUAUGCUUGGAAAUAAGACCGCCUGAUGUCAAAACUAUUUAAAUACUAUGAAGGGUAAUUUGUUUAGCAGCACAUUCCAGUCAACUCCUGUAGGGGGCUUUUCUGCUCCAUAUAUUUCAGGUUUGCACAGCUCGUCUCUUUAUUGUCUGUGUGGAGCUCUGAAGUGGAAUGCUGAGUGCACAUCUAUAGGAGAACUGCUGAUACUGUGAAAAAGGGAUCUUAGUGUUCAUUACGGUGUGGGGGAUGAGUCCCAAGAAACUUCUGAAGGAGAAAGAAUAGAAGGAAUGACUCAAUUCUUGUCACGUGCUGAGGGGCUGGCCGCUCGAAGUUUUCCAGAAGAUGGCAGGCAGAAGGAGCCUUGGUGAAAGCUUCUGUAGAGGGACUUUAUGUGCUUUAGGGCUCAGAGCUCCAGAACUUUUCGGCUGCAGGUGCCAUUUUGCCCUGGAGGUCCAUCGACGUGGAAAGUAUUUUGGGAUGAGUCUUUUGAGACAGCAUCAAAGUUCUCAAGAUACCCUGUAAGGCCUGACCCUGGAAUGACCACAGACAUUUUUCUACCUCCAGUUUGGGUCAACUGGAGUAUGCCUGGAGACCUUGAAGAAUGGAUCUACUGCAGCCUUUACAAUGGUUCAGUGCUUGAAUUCAUUCAGAUGUGAGAGGAGUCUAGGUUUGAGAGGCAAAUAGGCCCAGUUCAUGUCCCUUUGCCAGCUGGUCUCAGGCAAGUCACUGUCUUUCUAAGACUCUGGUUCUCUUCAACUACAAAAUAAAGAUAAUGAUCACAAAUGUCUGUCCCCAUAUUGUAAUCUUCUUGAGGACAUGGCCUUAGUUCAUCUUUUUUUUUUUUCUACUUGUCUCUGGCACCUAGUACCAUGACUGACAUGUAAUGUUACGUAUUAUUAUUAUUGCCAUUUAGGUAAAUUAUGCAUGACAAUUAAACUGGGCAAUGACCUGAGAAGGGAGAGCAUAUUGCAACACAAAUUUAAACCCACCACCCAGGGAUGAGGUGCUAUGAAAUUUGAGAGCCUCUUAACUGCCACCAUUUUCCUGUUUCAGAUUAUUUUAGCUUAUACUGAAAUGUGCAGCAUCUCACCUCCCACUUUUAUGUAUAUAAAGAGGUCUUCUUUAAUUUUUUUUGUACUGUGGGGAGGGCUAUGAAUAUUAUCACUCUAGACAGAAAAUAUUGUAUUUUGGUUGAUUUUUAAGUGGUUUUCUAUUCCAGAAAUUUAAUUGGUCUAAAGAUGGCCAAACCUGGCAGCGUUUGAGUUACAAAGAACAGGUGGAUUUAAGGUGGCACAUUUGCCACUUUGCCAGGCUCUUGGCAUGCAGACUUCUUUAAUCCAAGUUAUCAGAUUGGAUUUGAAAAUUAUAGAACUAUCGAGUUUGUAGAAAGGGCAAUGGCAAAAAGUAAAUAAAUAUAAAAUAAAAAUGGAAAGAUUUGAUCUUUGGUAAUAACUGGUUUUAUUUUCUGAUGGGAAAAACAGGUUUACUAAAGAUGAAUCACACGUUAGAUUUUUCUUACUCACUUUGAACAGAACCAAAGUAGAAAUGUUAAUAGGGAAGUCCUUUUUCACUAUUAGUAUGAGCCAAGAAAUGGUUUAAAACUGUGGUUGGAGCCAUGCUUUUACAGUUUCAGGUAUGAUAAUUAUGAAGAAAACAAUUGCUGCUUUUAUUCUAAGAGUUUUAUAUUUAGUGUUUCUAUAAGUUUUUAUUGUGAGCUUGCUUAUUUUGGGCUGAGCAUGCCAAUUUACAGAGACGAAGUGCACAUUAUGUUCUGUAUUUAGUGAUAAAACCACUGAACUACCAUG